AUGAGAGAUGGACCACCAAAUUCUGGCAAAAUAUUUUUGGAUGAGUUUAAUACUCUUUUUGAAAGUUUGACGACCAUCACUGGCAAACUUAUUGUAUGCGGUGACUUCAACUAUCAUAUUGAUCGUGAUAGUGAUGUGGAUGGGAAGAGACUUCUCAACCUCCUGGACACGUAUGGGCUAGUGCAAGUUGUCAAGGAACCCACCCAUAGACGCAGACAUAUUCUCGACCUCGUUAUUGUUCGAGGGAAUGAACUUGGCAUUAAGAAUAUCAAGUUUGAUCAUUCUGUGAAAUCGGACCAUCUGUGUGUUCACUUCACUGCCAGUAUACAAGUUCAGAAAAGGUACCGAAAAGUUGUCAGCUAUCGAAAAUGGAGGAAUGUUGAUAGUCAAGAAUUUUCUAGUUAUAUCUUAAGAUCUUGUGCUAACUUUGGAAUCAUGUCCAUAUCUGAAAGUGUUGAUCUAUAUAACUCCGAGUUGACGAAGCUAGCCGACAAACACGCUCCUGUCAAGUCCUGUACAGUGACAAUUCAUCCAGAAUCUGCCUGGUUAAACGAGGACAUUCGUGUAGCUAAAAGACAGAGGCGCAAACUUGAGCGCCAGUACAGGAAGACCAAGCUUGAGGUGCACAGACAGAUACACAAUCAGCAGUGCAACAAACUGGCUUUCCUUAUUGAAGCUGCUAAGUGCAAGUUUUAUAAAGAGGCCUUCAGUCAGGCGACUGGUCAAAAAGAGGUUUUUAAAGUUGCCAACCGACUAUUCUUUAAACAGAAGUCUCUUGUCUUCCUUCUCACAUGCCCUUCAAAAACGUGCAUGCUUGAUCCUUUGCCCACUUGGCUUCUCAAGGAGAAUGUUGAUUCUCUUCUCCCCAUACUGAUUAACAUGGUCAAUGAAUCGCUUGCGGAGGGCGUUAUGCCCCAACAAUUAAAGACUGGAGUGGUUACCCCACUCAUCAAAAAGAAGAAACUUGACCAUGAACUGUUGAAAAACUACAGACCCGUGUCCAAUUUGACUUUCAUUUCCAAAUUGAUUGAACGCAUAGCUGCAACACAGUUCAAGGAUCAUAUGAACAGCAAUGGGUUGCAUGAAGUCUAUCAAUCAGCUUACCGCUGCUUCCACAGCACGGAAACGGCACUUGUCAAAGUGCAGAAUGACAUAUUCAUGGGUACUGACAAGGACGGUGCUUCCAUUCUCGUCUUGUUGGACCUUUCAGCCGCUUUUGACACGAUUGACCACAAUGUUCUUCUAGCCACUCUUGAAGGAAGAUUCAAUGUCAAAGGCGUCGUGUUAAAGUGGUUCAAGUCCUACAUCUCAGACAGGAAACAAUCAUUGGUUAUUCAAGGUCAAAUGUCGCUGUCUAGUGACUUAGUGUUUGGGUGGUAUUCCAAAUCAUGUGCUACACAAACUACAGAGAGUCCAGAAUUCAGCCGCAAGAUUGAUCAGCAGAACAAAGAAAAUUGA